UGAGAAGUGUUAUCCCGGAGUUUGAGGGAUUGCUCCUUGCUUUUAUCCGUGGAAAUCAUGUUCUUGAAGCCUGGACAGAUUAGAGAUGCUGUGAAUUAUUUUGGCCGUUUUUGGAUCAUCUUUAGUGUCGUGUUUAUAAUUGUCAACGGACAGGAGGGUAAGCUAUUUAUUCCCUUGUAUAUGUCCUCGUCAAUGUAUAGAAAAGUAUAAGAGCAAUAGACAACCAAAUAUACAUUAGACUAGCUAUCUUUUUCAUAAAUCGAUUAUUAUAUUUUUAUUGAGAUAAUUACUGAGGCUUGACUGGAUAAUUUUCAAAUAACUAUACAUUGUAGGCUAUUAUAUUUAUAUAAUAAAAGUUGUGGAAUUGAGUUGGGACUGUAAACUGACAUGAAUUGCUUACAUAAAUGAGCAUAUUCACAGAUUAUCUUCAUGUCAUUUUAAUGUUGUGUGGUGCUUACUUUAUUGAAGAUAUUAUCAUCACUUUCUAUGUAAUGUAUUUUUUGUUGGCUGAGGGCUACACACAUUGUCCACAUUUGAAACCGUUUGACAUUUUCUAUAGUGGCUAUUGGUGACAUAAAUAGACAAUGUGUUCCUGCUGCAAUUUCCAGUUUUCAGAAGGUAUAUAACAUAGAUUAUAGAUCAAUCAGAUGAUGCAUGAGUUUAAUUCAGUUUCUUAUAAAAGUCCUCAUAAACAAGGUAGCAGUUGUAUUGGUAAAUUAAAGGUACACUGCCCUUCUUUGGUAAGUCACUCUUAUUGGCAAAGGGUGAGGUGUGUGUACCAAUCCUCGUUUGGAGCUGUUCUGCUUGUGUUAGCCAUUCCAAGUAUUUACGACAAACUGAGCAUCCUUUCAAGUCAUGUCAAAGAUUAAAUAUUGUAUGCAAAAACCCUGUCACACAUACAGUUGACUUCAGCAAAAGGAGUGCAUGCAAGUAGUCAACAACACUAGCUUUGAUAGGGUUUAAAUUAAUAUAGGGGUACAGUUAUAGCCUAGUUGUAACAACACUGGCUCAGUGCUCCAGUGACUAACUCUCUUCCACACAUGGGGUGGAUCAAACCAAAGCCACAAAUAUCUUUAAGUCUGUCUGGAGCAAACAAUCCCGAUAGUUCAAAAGUCAUCUUUGAUGUCAUGGCGGCAUUCCAUUGCUGGUCCAGAGGCAGAUAGUGAACUCUCAUCUGUGUUUACCUUAGGGGUCCAGGUGGCAGGUAUCCUAGUGGUUAGUGCGUUGGUCCAGUAACCGAAAGGUUGCUGGUUCGAAUACCCAAGCCAACAAGGUGAAAAAUCUGUCGAUGUGCCCUUGAGCAAGGAACAUAACUCUAGUUUGCUCCAGGGGUGCUGUACUACUAUGGCUGACCUUAUAAUAAACACAUUUAAUUGCACCUAUCUGGUGUAUGUGACAAAACAUAAAUACAUCUAUUUUUUUUACCCACUAUUCCCCACAGGAAGACUAGUAGGAAGACAUGCAACAAUAAGAGAGUGUACCCUGUGUGUUGACACAGUAUUUCACAAUCAGACAGGGGUCAACAUGAAUCACUGUAGCCAUGUCCACACAUAUAUGGAAACUUACUGUGAAUCUUCACGCAGAUCUGGGCUCUCUUGACGCAUUUUGUUUUGCUGUUGGGGAUUUAGUAUCGUCACAGAGGAAGAUGACCAAUUCAUGGUAAAUGGCUUCCUCUGAAUCACUUUGGCACCAGAGAGAAGCAAGAGACAAAUGUACAGGAAAAAAACAUAUCAAUCCUCUCCUGGUCUAUUAAUAACUCAGUGUGUGUUGUCAUGCUCUGAUUGACACAGUAGUAUUUAGUGACAGAUUACACAGCUAAACAAUUCCCAAUCAUCUGUCCAGCUGAUAUUACUAUGUUAUUACUCUGUUGUCUACUAUUCUUGGUAUAUCUGCCCCUGAAAGUGAGGGUUUUAAGAAGGAUAUCCAUCAUAAUUUGAAUGUUUGAUUAUAUGCCUGAGACAGUUAGCCCAGUCUGUCUAGAGAGACAUAAAAGCAGGAAGUAUGGGCCAGUAGCAGGAAUGCCAGGGUGUAGGCUUUUCACUCCAUGGAACAACCAACAGCUAUAACACGAGUUAAAGCCUAGCUUAGGUUGAUCCCAAGCACUGAGGAAAGAGAGAGAGAGCCCCACUAGACAAGACCUUCAUGAGACAGGCCAGGUCAAAGACGGGGUGAAAGGGGAGGAGUGCAGGGGGGAAGACUGGCCCGCCAACCCCAAAACAUCCCCAGAAUACUGCUCCCAAGCUUGAGGCCUCAGACUGGCUGGUGACACAGAUCCACCCUCUGUUGCCCACGGCUACAGCUUGUCGCUCUGGCAUUUCCAGGGAAUCCUAGGGGACAUGAAAAGGGGCAGUAGCGGUGAGAAGUUCUGGGAGUUAGAGAGAGAAAGAGAGAGAGAGAGAGAGAGAGAGAGAGAGAGAGAGAGAGAGAGAGAGAGAGAAAGAGAGAGAGAGAGAGAGAGAGAGCGAGAGAGAGAGAGAGAGAGAGAGAGAGAAAGAGAGAAAGAGAGAGAGAGAGAGAGAGCGAGAGAGAGAGAGAGAGAGAGAGGAGUACGAAAGAAAGAUAGAAGGGGCCCAGUGGAAGAGUCUCUUAGCCGGACCGGAAAGGCUAACCAGUGUGACGUGUAUGUGACAUGUGAGUGGAAAGUAACAGAGACCACCAACUCUUCACCCAAAGUUAAUUUUGAACCCAAGGGAGAACUGCGCUUCUUUCUGUCUGCCCUGGGAGCGUGGGUGUCCUUGGUUAGACCACAGUGCAAGUUUAAGCCAGCCAACCCCACAGCACUUACCUCUAUGACCUGACACACUGAAACAGUCACAUUAAGAAUGUGUCUAGCUAAAUAUUUGAGUUCUUUCCGGUACAAUAAAGAGUUAGUCAUAGCCACAGAGGUUAGGAAGAUUUAAGGAUAGGGCAUGAAUAAGAGGUAUGACACAGAGAGCUAGCAGGAAAACAUUGAUCAAGAUGAAAUACAAACAGAAUGGAAGGGUGAUGAGUUUGCUCAACAGUCUCUAGAAUUAGGGAAUAGUCCCUAUAAGGGCUUUGUUCAAUCAAACAUGUUAACCCGUUAAAGAGUUAUGAUUGCAGUUUUGGAUUAAUGACACACUACUUCAAAUCAAACACACUUUCUCAUUGCCUUUGAAUAAUAUUAUUUUCCACUUCAAUAGUUUUGAUUGCAUAUGGCCUGCAAUCUCUUUUUACUGUAAGCAGUGUCCUACAGUGUUGAGGAGGACUGCUUCAGCUGUUGGUUGUUUUUGGGGCAUCUCGCGGUUAUGAUCUCAGGAGUGUAAACAUCUCCUGCUCUACUGCGCACUCUCAGUGCUCCGUCCCUGGGGACUCCUAUUACUCACCUUGUCUGGGAAAGGAGCCCUAUAAUUAACAAAGCUCUAAAUAGUGUCUUUACCAUAUUAACAUAAUUAAUGAAAGUCCCUGUUAUGUACUGUGACUAAACAGUGGUGAACUUGGCUGUUCCUUCUGCUAACAAGCCCCAGCUGCCCCUCCGUACCGCCUACACUGCUAGUCAUGCAUUAAUUAAUGUCUCACACUUACACUCCAAGCAUGUUUUUCUGUCUCUCAUCCAAGUGGUCAAGGAUUUCCUGGAAAUAGCCAUUAUCGUAUUCAUGUGGACAUUUGACAUAACUGAGGAUUUACGCUGGAUGCCAAAGCAACAUGACUUUCCUACCCUUCCCAGUCCAAAACAUGUAUUGAAGGAACUGUGAAUUGUUAUUACCAUAAACAAUGUCAUGAAAGAUAAUUUGCCUGGAAUUAGGCACCAAACCAUUGCAUAUACGGCAGAUGUAUUAUGUACAAGUACAAUAACUGUUAUAACUGUAAGUUUGGUUGUCUUCAUAUUUCAGGCAAUGGCUGCGGGCACACUGUGAUGGGCACAGAGAGUGGCACUCUAGCCUCUCAGAACUACCCAGGCACCUACCCUGUUGAUUCCUGGUGUAAGUGGAGACUGCGAGUGCCAAAGGGACGUACACUACGGCUCCUCUUCGGGGACUUUGACGUGGAAAGGAGUCCCGGCUGCAGGAAUGGCUCCCUCACCAUCACAUCUAACAACGGAGCUCCCAGCCUGGGUAAGACUCUCCAGUGCACACUGGGCCACUGACCUGACUGGCCGUGUGCUUGUCUCUACUUUUACAAGGAAUUUACUGUAUAUGCUAUUGACAAACUAUUUUCAUAGUGAGAUUCAGAAUUCUCACUCAAGUUCUGACUGACUGAAUUAAUGCUUGUCAUUAAGACAAAUCCACCCACUUCUGAUGGACCACUUGAUCUGUCUCCUUUGUUAUGUAGUUCAUUCAAAACCACUCUUUGUUACUAGUAAAAGCCAUACAGUGUAGCCUGAAUUCCAUUGCAAAGGCAGAGAGCACAUUAACACAAUUUCACUGCCAAUGCAUCUCUGCCAAUUCUACACCACUAUGGUGCAUCCAGCCAUACCUUGCGGGCACAAGGGUAUGACGUCCUUCCUAGAUAUUUGAGGACAGUUCCAGAGGCUGUAUGUAACUAUUCAGCUUAUUAUAUUGUUUUUAUUAGCGGAUUCCACAGGGGCAACUUCAUGCUGUUCUGGAGCUCACUCCAUGUCAUUUGUUCUGCAGCACUACACAAACAUGACUAGGAGACCACACACUAGCCUAGCGGUUUUGCUUGUUCCAUGCUCUCUGUAUUUGUGUGUGUUUUGCAUCCACCACAGUCUGACAUGUGGUGUGUGUGUGUGUAUGUGUGUGUGUGUGGGUGUGUGUGUGUGUGUGUGUGGGUGUGCAUUCAUGCAUUCGUCCAUGUAUGUCUGCAUGCAUGCGUGCAUCUGGGAGUCCUUGUGUGUGUGCUUGCAUGUGUGGUGUAUGCGUUCUUGCGUGCAUGCCUGUGUGUCUGUCAUCCACAGGCCCCCUGUGUGGACAGCUUGAAGCCUCAGAAAAAAAUGUGACCGUAAACAGCAAUGAGGUGACAAUAGUAUUCAACUCUGGCCCCCAUCACUCAGGCCGAGGGUUCCUGUUCUCCUACACCACAGACCAACACUCAGGUAUGGCCCAAUUCAUCACACACUGCUCACACGUUUACUUUCUAUAGAUUCUUUGUUUAUACAACUGUACUACAUAUGGAAAUGAUUAAUCUAAUUUCAUUAAUUCAUCAACAAUCACAUUACACACAGAAUGCUGAUGAUAAGAUAUUAUUUUCCCACGUGUACAGUAGCUCUGCUGUGGAACUUUCUCAGUGAAAGCAAUGACCCACACUGUGAAAAAAAGUUGAUUCAACGUACAAUUGUCAGGCAACCGGCAGCAAUAGGAUUGUGUUUGCUCAACAUUGCUCAGCAUAUAGCUGAACCAACAUACAUUCUCAAGUUGAAUUGUAUGUUCACUCAACAUUGAAUUAUAGGUUGAGUGAACAUACAAUUCAACUUGACAAUUUAUUCUACCUUCUUGGCAUAUUUUCCCGGUGUAAAAUGUUACUAUUUAUGACAAUACAUUUCAUAAGGCCUUUCUUUGAAGGCCUAGUUACACCCUAACUCAGUGGUCUGAAACUCCUGGUUUACACGCCACAUCAAGCCUGCAAGUCACAUUAUGCUGGCUUGCAAAGUGAUGUGCAAUUCCUAUUGGAACCCAGACAGUGUGAAGAUGCUAUUUGUGUUUGUGUAGCAAUCGAUGUACAUGCAGAAAUACAGGUAUUGAAACAAACAAUUCUGAAAAUCAAGCUGCAAUAGAGCAUGCUGGGAAAUAUGAUAAUGAUGGGACGAAAAAGUAAGAAAAAGUACAGUACGAAAAAGUAUGAAAAUGUAUGCACUCACUACUGUAAGUCGCACUGGAUAAGAGUGUCUGCUAAAUUACUAAAAUGUAAAAUGUAAAUGAGAGUGGUUUUGAGCAAACAUUUGUAAUUUUACUCAACAAGCUUGUUUGUCAACCUAUAAUUGUAAGACAACCAGCUGCAAUAGAAUUGUGAGUUUUCUCAACAUUUGGGCAUAUACAGUAGCAGAACCAACAUACAGUGUUGCCUUCCAAAGGCAAACAUGAAUUUGUAAUUUUACUCAACAAGCUUUUUCAAAUUCACUCACUUUGAGCAGAGUUUGUUGAGUGGACAAAUUUGAACACAUUAGCUCAAAUUCUUGUCCAUUUGAAGUCCACUCAACUCACAGAAUAACGCUGACUAAGCAAUUGUUUAAGAUGUCUUUUUUACAGUGCCCCUGACUCAGUAACAUUGAUAAUAAUAUAAUAAUAUGCCAUUUAGCAGACGCUUUUAUCCAAAGCGACUUACAGUCAUGCGUGCAUACAUUUUUGUGUAUGGGUGGUCCCGGGGAUCGAACCCACUACCUUGGCGUUACAAGCGCCGUGCUCUACCAGCUGAGCUGAAGAGCACCCACUGUGAUCAUAAUUGUUGUUUUUCUGCCCAUCACCUACAUCACUGGUAACCCCAAAGUGCUGCUAAGCAAGUUGAAAGGCAUAAACAGGCAUUACUGAGGUGUCAAAGAGACUGGAAACAUGCUGUAAUUUCAUACCCAACCGCAUUUAAGUCCAGCAUUAGAGUUGAUGGAGUCACUGGCAUGAAGUCAGUUUAAUGUAUGUAUGCACACACGUUUACGCCAAUGAAAUUUGUACGCUAACAUUUGUGUGUGUUGGAGUGCCUUGUGAGUGUGUAUUGGUGUGUGUGUCUAUUGGAAUGCAGCUCCUAUCCCUAUCUAAGCAUCCAGGGUGAUUGCUCAGUAGGCAGGAGAGUAAGGACCCUUCUCCUGGGCUGAAUGAAGAGGCCUCAAGGCUUUAGACUGCCACUCUGAGUGGGUGGAUAGCUAUGUGUUCACUCCUCCUCCUCAGGUCAGCUUAGUCAAAUCAGCAACACGGUAACGGUUGCCAACCCACUCUCAAGCUGGUGGUGGCCGAUGAGAGGAUCUCACAAACAGAUGCACUGGACUGGACAUCUGGUGAAAUGUGUUGUUUGCAAGGCGAGAUAUCAUUGUUUGUGAUACUACAGUACUACAAUAGGUUAUUAUUACAGUUUUUUUUCAAUCUCUUUGGCACAUUUUUCAAAUGUAAGUGGCAUAUUUUCAAAACUCUUAAGAACAAAACUCUAAAUUGAUAACUCUUGUAAUGCCCCCUAUCUUAUGUUUAGAACCUUUGAUUGUGCAUUCAUUGGGGUUUUACACAUCUUUCACCCCUGAGUGAUUCAUGCUAAAUCAAAGUUUUCCGUGAAAUACCAUGAGAACAUUUAAGUUUAGUCACCAAUACAUCAGAUAAUGAUAGACUAAUAAUUUAGUCAUUUUAACUACCAUUUAAUCCAAUAUCAAAAAUACAAGAUACACAUGUCAAAACUGUUCUUUUUACAUUUACAUUUUGCAGACGCUCUUAUCCAGAGCGACUUACAUGAGCAAUUAGGGUUAAGUGCCUUGCUUAAGGGCACAUCGACAGAUUUUUCACCUAGUCGGCUCGGGGAUUAGAACCAGCGACCUUUCGGUUACUGGCACAACGCUCUUACCCACUACGCUACCUGCUGAAUAGAAACAAUACUAGAUGGUAAAUAUAAUUUUCCAUACAGUAUGUCACUACAACUUGACAUGCAAUUUUUGUAUCUAAUUUAUAUCCAAUGGCAGGUUGUGAGCAUCUUGAGAAAUAGGACAGUCUUACAGUUGAAUUAUCCUUAUACAGUACAUACUGUCACAAGUGUAGAGAGGAGUAGGCAGUCGCAGGUUUAGAACUACUGAAUUUAUUAACGCACCAUAGCUUAAAGUGGGACGAAACCGACAGUGCAAAAUAUAAAGUACUCAGGAACUAGUAGGAGAGAUCCCUCUCAGGAAAACAAGCAACAUAUACAAUGACCGACAAAGACAAAUGACAGAGGGAGUAUAUACAGUGGGGAAAAAAGUAUUUAGUCAGCCACCAAUUGUGCAAGUUCUCCCACUUAAAAAGAUGAGAGAGGCCUGUAAUUUUCAUCAUAGGUACACGUCAACUAUGACAGACAAAAUGAGAAAAAAAAAUCCAGAAAAUCACAUUGUAGGAUUUUUUAUGAAUUUAUUUGCAAAUUAUGGUGGAAAAUAAGUAUUUGGUCACCUACAAACAAGCAAGAUUUCUGGCUCUCACAGACCUUUCUGGCUCUUUCCACCAUAAUUUGCAAAUACAUUCAUUAAAAAUCCUACAAUGUGAUUUUCUGGAUUUUUUUUUCUCAAUUUGUCUGUCAUAGUUGACGUGUACCUAUGAUGGCAAUUACAGGCCUCUCUCAUAUUUUUAAGUGGGAGAACUUGCACAAUUGGUGGCUGACUAAAUACUUUUUUCCCCCACUGUAUAUGAGGGUGAGAUACGAUAAUUGACAGGGAGCUCUUCUUCACGAAAAAGGAAUCCUUGGGCCUCCUGGAUGUAGACCUCCAUGGCUUCAGUCUCUGCAUGUGAGAGAGGGUAGAUGUUCCCCCCGCGGGAGGGUAGAACCAGGCAGUAGGUUGAUAGUGCAGUCCCAUGGGUGAUGAGUGGGCAGGCAUGUGGCACGAGUCUUCAAAAAAUCCACUUGUAGGUCCCGGUAUUCCUCCGGGAUAGGGACGUGGGUGGCAUGGUCCGGACUUUUCACGGAGGUGGCACAGAUAGACACAGAGAGACCUCCUCUGACACUCCUGUGACCAAACCAACAACCUCCUCUCUAUCCACGAUAUACUGGGGUUAUGCAACUGUAACCAGGGGUGUGCAGGAGAGUCUAAGAUGAGGAACGUGAUGCGUUCAUGGUUGUUAUAAUCAACUGUGAGUGAAAUGGGAAUCGUGGUCUGGCUCACCAGUCCUGUUCCUAGUUGUCUAGGGCAUGGACUGGGAUAGGGGGUUGUAAAGGGACUAGAAGAAUGCGUAAUGAUAAGGCCACUGACUGGUCUAGGAAAUUGCCUGCAGCACCUGAGUCCACUAGGGCAGGACUCAGUGGGGGACCAGGAGAGUCAGGGAAGGUGACAGGGAGGAGGACGGGCUGGGUGGACAGAGAGGAGAAAGGCACAUCCACGCCUACCUGGGAAGGUGCAGGAGCGCUCCUUGGCCUGUCGCUUCCUCAACUGGUUCUCCUUCUGGGACAGGUGUUCCAGGGGUGGUCCGACUCCCCGCAGUAGGAGCAGAGACCCUGUUGACGGCGGAGUUGACGUUCCUCUGGGGGAAGGUGCAUCGUGCCCACCUCCAUGGGCUCAGUCUCGCUGGAGGUUCCUGGGAGAGACCCGAACCCCUGGGAUGGGCGACGAUUGGCGGAGAUUAUCCAGGUGGAUGGCUAUGGCGAUGAGCUGGUCCAGCGUGAGGUCCUCAUCGCGACAGGCCAGCUCGGUCUGGACGUCCGCCUGUAGCCCACUGCGGAAAACCAUCAACAGGGCCUGGUCGUUCCAGCCAGUGGAAGCAGCCACUGUCCAGAAAUCCAGAGCGUACUCAGAUGCUGUCCUGGACCCCUGGCGCAGAUGGAGGAGAUACUCACCUCCCUCUCGGCCCUCUGUUGGGUGGUCGAAAACGGCAUGGAAGAGUUGAUGAAAGCGCUCAUAGGACUGUACUUCUGGACCGUCCCUCUCCCAGACGGCGUGCGCCCACUCCAGAGCCCGGCCUGUCAGCACUGAAAUCACCAAGGCUACCUUGUCCCUCUCGGAGGCCAUCCCGGCAUGACAUGCAAGGUGGAGGUCACACUGCAGGAGAAAUCUCCUACAGUGAGCUGGGGUGCCGUCAAACCACUCCGGGAGGGGCAGGUGGACGUUGCUGAUCGGACCGGGUGAUGUAGAUGGUGGUGGCUUGGCUGGAACGACUGUGAGGAGCUGGGAAGGUGGAGGUGUAGCCUGCAGUUGGCGCACGGUCCGGAUCACCUUGUCCAUGGCAGUCCCGAGGUGCACCAGGCACGAGUCGUUCGCUCCUACAGAGGAGAGGUCGAGAUGUCCUGCUGCCUCCUGUUUUCUUGGGUCGGUCAUUCUGUCACAAGUGUAGAGAGGAGUAGGCAGGAGGCAGUCGCAGGUUUAGAACUACUGAAUUUAUUAAAGCGGGACGAAACCCACAGUGCAAGAUAUAAAGUACUCAGGAAAUAGUAGGAGAGAUCCCUCUCAGGAAAACAAGCAACAUAUACAAUGACCGACAAAGACAAAUGGCAGAGGGAGUAUAUAUACACUGAUAGAGUGGGGAUUGGAACCAGGUGUGUGUAAUGAUGAUGAGACAAGUCCGGGGUUGAUGAGUGAAGGGCGUUUGCCAGCAGCAGGUUCGGCAGCAGCUAGAAGGGAGCCAAAGCGAAGGCUGGUGUGACACAUGCGUAGGACAAAUCAUCAGAAAUAGAGGUAUUGUAAAGCAGUUGGCUACUUUUAAAAUGUGGUACGGUGUGUUGUAUGUCAUUUCUGCCCCAUGCAACAUUGUACAAGAUCACUUUUUCUACGUGACUUGUCAACUCAUAUACAAUAGUAUCACCUGUAUCUCUGCUUGAAAUUUAUCAGCUUACUGUGUAUCAAUGAAAUUCAGAAAAUUAGUGUAAUAUAUUGUUAUAUACAACCCAGGUAUUUCAGCAGUGCAUUGUACACUACAGUAUAAUUCCAAAUGGUAGCACAUAGUGUGACUCUUUGCACUUUGUCCUACGUAUUGAAGCACACUGGCUGAUGGAGAAUGAUAAUGUAGUAUUUACAGCCACAUCCAUAUAUAAUUAGGUUUUACCUUCCAACAUAAAUUGAUGUAAAAUGUAUACAUUUAUGAGGUAAAAAUAUAUAUUAUUCAGUGUUCAGCCGUUAUCAAACUAUAUACGUUAACAAGGCAAUACAUCAUUUUGGUUCAGUAGUUAUCAGUUUUGAGCAGUUUGAUUAGUGAUUGUUCAAUUUUUGGGCAAAAAGGCAGACUCAGCUCCAUCAUUCAUUGAAUCAUCACAAAAACCCACUGAUAUUGCCAACUACUUUAAUUAUUUUUUUCAUUGGCAAGAUUAUCAAAAUUAGGCAUGACAUGCCAGCAACAAACGUUGACACUACACAUCCAAGUAUAUCUGACAAAAUUAUGAAAGACAGGCAUUGUAACUUUGAAUUCCGUAAAGUGAGUGUGGAAGAGGUGAAACAAUUAUUGUUGUCUAUCAACAAUGACAAGCCACCGGGAUCUGACAACUUGUAUGGAAAAUUACUGAGGAUAAUAGUGGACGAUAUUGCCACUCCUAUUUGCCAUAUCUUCAAUUUAAGCCUACUAGAAAGUGUGUGCCCUCAGGCAUAGAGGGAAGCAAAAGUCAUUCCGCUACCUAAGAAUAGUAAAGCCCCCUUUACUGGCUCAAAUAGCCGACCAAUCAGCGUGUUACCAACCCUUAGUAAACUUUUGGAAAAAAUUGUGUUUGACUAGAUACAAUGCUAUUUUACAGUAAACAAAUUGACAACAGACUUUCAGCACGUUUAUACAUUCAACAAGCACAGCACUUACACAAAUGACUGUUGAUUGGCUGAGAGAAAUUGAUGAUAAAAAGAUUGUGGGGGCUGUUUUCUUAGACUUCAGUGUGACUUUUGACAUUAUCGAUCAUCGUCUGUUGCUGGAAAAAUGUAUGUGUUAUGGCUUUACACCCCCUGCUAUAUUUUGGAUAAACAGAUACCUGUCUAACAAAACACAGAGGGUGUUCUUUAAUGGAAGUGUCUCCAACAUAAUCCAGGUAAAAUCAGGAAUUCCCCAGGGUAGCUGUCUAGGCCCCUUACUUUUUGCAAUCUUUACUAACGACAUGCCACUGGCUUUGACUAAAGCCAAUGUCUAUGUAUGCAGAUGACUCAACACUAUACAUGUCAGCUACUACAGCGACUGAAGUGACUGCAACACUUAACAAAGAGCUGCUGUUAGUUUCAGAAUGGGUGGCAAGGAAUAAGCUAGUCCUAAAUAUUUCAAAAACUAAAAGCAUUGUAUUUGGGAGUAAUCAUUCACUAAACCCUAAACUUCAACUAAAUCUUCUAAUGAAUAAUUUGGAAAUUGAGCAAGUUGAGGUGACUAAACUGCUUUGAGUAACCCUGGAUUGUAAACUGUCAUGGUCAAAACAUAUUGAUACAACAGUAGCUAAGAUGGGGAGAAGUCUGUCCAUAAUAAAGCGCUGCUCUGCCUUCUUAACAGCACUAUCAACAAGGCAAGUCCUACAGGCCCUAGUUUUGUCACACCUGGACUACUUUUCAGCCGUGUGGUCAGGUGCCACAAAGAGGGACUUAGGAAAAUUACAAUUGGCUCAGAACAGGGCAGCACGGCUGGCCCUUGGAUGUACACAGAGAGCUAACAUUAAUAAUAUGCAUGUCAAUCUCUCCUGACUCAAAGUGGAGGAGAGAUUGACCUCAUCACUACUUGUAUUUGUGAGAGGUAUUGACAUGUUGAAUGCACCGAAUGCAGCUCGGACACCAAUGCAUACCCCACAAGACAUGUCACCAGAGGUCUCUUCACAGUCCAGAACAGACUAUGGGAGGCGCACAGUACUACAUAGAGCCAUGACUACAUGGAACUCUAUUCCACAUCAAGUAACUCAUGCAAGCAGUAAAAUUAGAUUUUUAAAAACAGAUAAAAAUACACCUUAUGGAACAGCGUGGACUGUGAAGUGACACAAACACAGGCACAGACACAUGCAUACACAGACAUGAUAACAUACACACAAGUACACAUGGAUUUUGUGUUGUAGAUAUGUGGUAAUAGAGUAGUGGCCUGAGGGCACACACUUAAGGUGUUGUGAAAACUGUUGUGAAUGUAUUGAAAUGUUUUUUAAAAUUGUAUAACUGCCUUCAUUUUGCUGGACCCUAGGAAGAGUAGCUGCUGUAUUGUAUUGUUAACAAAUGACAAGAAAUUCAUAUCAAAUGUAAAGUGAAUAUUGCAUUUUGAAAAGCAGAUGCAGUACUUAGGUUGAAUAUGUAUCCAAACUAAAUGAGUGAUUUGGUGCAGUAAACAAGUGACUUUGUGAAUGUAUCUGUUGUACUCAGUCAAUUGAAAAUGUGCUUAGAGUUUUGAAACACGAGCCUUUUUGAUUAUCUGUUUAGAUUUUUGUGCUUCAAAUUGUAAAAAUGUACCACAUACUUGUGAAAAUCAUUCCCAAAAGAAGGAGAUGUUUUUGACUAGACAUUGUUGCCUCAUUGAUAGUAGAAUUAGCGAUAGAACCAAUGUGUGCACCGUGCACUGAUCUUUUUUUGGGUCAUAAAAUGACCUUUUACCCAAUUUACAGCCACAAAUAGUGUACUUGUAAAUAGUUUUUUUCUCCAAUUCAAGCUAAAGUGGUUUGUAUAUCCCUGUUUCCUGUUAUUUACUCAGUUGUUUAUGAAAUGCAGCUAUGUCUGGAGCCAGUACCACAAAUUGCACUCUGUCACAUGUUAACACACAAGAGGCACAAAAUACUUAGUCACAUCUGCAGUAACAAUCACAAGACCCCUGUACGUUCAUUACAUUUCAGUCAUUUAGCAGACGCUUUUAUCCAGAGCGACUUACAGUCAGUGAGUGCAUAAUUAUUUUUUUCAUACGUGCGUGCAUGUGUGUGUGUAUACUGUAUGUGCUUCUGUAUACGUGUCUGUAUAUGUGUGUGUAUGUGUGUGCCUGUCUGUUUGUGUUACACACCCGUCCAUUGCGAAGUUCCUUAGAAUUAUCCUCAAGAGUGGACAGAUGUUUUUUGUGUUGUUUGUUUAUGAACCCAUUUUCCAUUUGAAUUCAAUCCCAGGUCUCAUUUCGUGUCGACAGAGAGGAACACAUUUUAUCUCUCAGCAGUUUAGGUAAGUGGACAACUCUGGCUAUUUCAGUAGUCACUUCUCAGCGUUGUUUUUGCUGUGAACCAAAUGUAGUCAUAGACUGUUCUCUCUGCUUCCGCACGGCAAGCGGUACAGGAGCACAAAGUCUAGGUCCAAAAGGAUUCUUAACAGCUUCUACCCCCAAGCCAUAAGACUCCUGAACAGCUAAUCAUGGCUAUCCGGACUAUUUGCAUUGCACCCCCCCCCCCCCCCCCACACACCCCCUCUUUUACGCUGCUACUACUCUGUUUAUUAUCUAUACAUAGUCACAAUAACUCUACCCACAUGUACAUAUUACCUCAAUUACCUCGACUAACCGGUGCCCCCGCACAUUGACUCUGUACCUGUACCCCCUGUAUAUAGCCUCCCUACUGUUAUUUUAUUUUACUGCUGCUCUUUAAUUAUUUGCUCUUUUUUUUUUUCUUAAACUGCAUUGUUGGUUAUGGGCUUGUAAGUAAGCAUUUCACUGUAAUGUCUACACCUGUUGUAUUUGGCGCAUGUGGCAAAUAAAAUUAGAUUUGAUUUGAUUUAAUUUGAGAACUUAUUUUUUACUUAUCUAUAUUUUACUUAACACUUAUUUUUCUUAAAACUGCAUUGUUGGUUAAGGGCUUGUAAGCAUUUCACUAUAAGGUCUACACCUGUUGUUUUCGGCGCAUGUGGCAAAUAACAUUUGAUUUGAUACAGGCUUGUUGAGGAAUUAUUAAGGUAUGGAUAUAGAGAAACUGUGUGUGAAAUGGUGGACCUCUGUGACACGUGACUCCUCUUGUCCAGUGUGUACUGUCCUGCUGGGUGUAAGGAUGUGACAGGGGACAUCUGUGGUCACUCUGAGCAGGGUUACAGAGAUGUGAGUAUACUGCCUCAGCUCCAUUCUCACUCCCUCAUCAACUCAGCCUUGUGAUAAUGACAUCGGUUGCACUGGUCACUUGAGGAAGGCUAAACAGUGGAGAGAUGCAAAAGUUUAUUGAAACUAUUUGUUCUCUCUCUCUUUCUCUCAUUCUCUCUCUCAUUCUCUCUCUCAAUCUCUCUCUCUCUCUCUCUCUCUCUCUCUCUCUCUCUCUCUCUCUCUCUCUCUCUCUCUCUCUCUCUCUCUCUCUCUCUCUCACAAACACACAUUCCCCCACCUCACCCAGACGUCAGUGUUGUGCAAAGCUGCGGUCCAUGCCGGGGUGGUGUCAGACAACGUAGGAGGACAGAUCACUGUGACCCGUGGGAGGAGCCUCACGCUUUAUGAGUCCAGCUUUGCCAACGGCAUUCUGUCCAAGAUGUAUGUUUCCAUCCACAUCAUAUUGAAAGGGGUUUGGGAGGAAGGGAUGCGUAUUCAUUAUUCAUGAUGACAUACUGUGUUAAUAUUUGCUGAAUUCAGAAAGGUAACAUUUCAUGUAACUCUCCAGGACCACUGUAGGGGUUAUUGGGGAGCUGAAAUGUGGGCCACUUACUGUAAAUGGAUCCGCUCUUGCUUAUGGUAUAUAGGGAUGCCAUUCAUGAACAUUGUUGUUUUGACAGGGGAUCACUGUCUGAAAACAAACUGGUCUUCAGCAAAGGUAAGCGGAACCAGGAUAUAACGUCAGACUGAAUUAGCUGUUCAAGUCAUUAUUGCAAGUUAUUUUAUUGCAGUUUUUAUUUUGUUAUGUCAGUCAGACAAUCACUCAAUUAGCCAUGUCAGCUAACAUUUUUUUCAAUUGGCAGUUAGUCUAGCCAGCUAACUAAACUUGUAGUAAUCAUGUCCGAAUACCGACCAGGCACGCAGGGGGCCCCCAUUUAUUUUGUUAGUCAUUCUCACUCAGAUUCAAUAUUAACAUGGCAUAAGUCAUAAAAAAAUGUGUAGAAUUGCAGGAAAUGUGCUUUAAAACUGCAAAGUUUUCUCUACGCCCCAUAGCAAAAUGUGCAGAAUUGCAGGAAAUGAACUUUAAAACAUACAUUUUUCUCUCCACCGUCAAGAGGGGUGCCACUAAAAUGUUUUGCCGUGAGAUGCUUAGGGCCCCCAAAAAUCUAGAGCUGGCCCUAUUCCUCUGUUAAUCCAACUCUUCUUGCCUCUCCACUCCCAACAGAGUGUAAUGAGGAACUGACUGUUUCUGGUUUCAAUGCAUCUUCCAUCUGGAGAGAAGUGAACAAACUGGGGCAGCUUGUAUUAUGGUCCCCUAAGAACAUGGAUGCCGAGGGACAGUUACUACCCUGGGCAUCGGACGGUAGUGACCGGGAGCCCUGGCUGGAGCUAGAGCUUACAGACAAGGGCAGUGUCACAGGUCAGUGAAAGGUUAUGAGGUGAUGUUCUUCUCCUCUCAUGGUCAAAAUAGGAGUUUAAUUUACUACAUCCACUAUAAUUAGCUUUGAGUGGUUAUUAAAAUGAAAAUAUGAAGAUAGAAACCACUGCUUUUUCAUUGAACUCAAAAUACUAUUUUGCUGAUUUCAAAACUCUAUUGAGUGGAUGAAAAAAACUUCCAGUUCCAUCUGUGAUGUUGAUAGGCUAACUUCUAGUUAGAUUUGCCAAACAAUCAGUGUGUAGCCUAUUAUGAAUGUGGUCUGGAGUGUUGAAAACGACACGCUGUGUUUUCCCAGGAAUAAUAACAAGGGGAUCGGCUGACUUCUACAUCGAAUCUUACGUUCUCCUUUUUAGCAAAGACCGCCGCAACUGGAAGGUUUACAAAGCUGCUCUCAGCAGAGAGAAAAAGGUACGCUGCGUGCAAUGUUUUCUUCGACAUUUACUUAUCAAUUUCCUAUCUGUGCUAAGUUUUCCUAGCUGCUCUGAGCAAACAGAGACUUUGGGAGGCCGUAGAACAGGGAAGUGCUGUUAGUCAUUUAAGAGAACUAGCUGAGUUAAUGUCACACUUCUUGGCCUGUAGGUGUUUGAAGCCCACUCUGAUGGUCAUCUGAGGGUUCUCAAUAGCCUGUUUCCUCCGGUGGUGGUCCGGUACCUCCGGCUGCAGCCCCAGAGCUGGCAAGGUAGGGCCUCAGCACACGUCCAAGUCCUGGGCUGCCCUCUCCCCAAGAUCCACCCCAGGCCUCGCUCCGCUGGGGGUAAGGCUCAACCAUACAUUCCAGAUAAAAACAGUCUAGAAAAUGUGAAUACUACAUGCUCUUAGCAACUGAGCCACUAGAAUAAACGUUCCAUUGUAUUGUACGGCAAAUUGCAAUUGUGGCAUCAGCAAGAGAGAAUGUAGCUUGUAUGCUGGAUGCCAUUCAUAUCAUAUCCUCCAACUCUCUCUAUAGGAUCUCCAUCCUUAAAAGUUGAUGUUAGCACAACACCUCUCCCCAAUCCAGUCCCCACAGAGGACCCUGUUAUCAUAAAGGACUCAAGCCUGAGUAUGUACCUAAUGUGUUCAAACCCCUAAAAGUCUAAGCCUUUCAGGGAUCAUUUUGCUAUUUAAAUUUUAAUUUUAGGAGAUUAGGUAUCCAUUAAAAAUUAUAUAUACAGUGAGGGAAAAAAGUAUUUGAUCCCCUGCUGAUUUUGUACGUUUGCCCACUGACAAAGACAUGAUCAGUCUAUAAUUUUAAUGGUAGGUUUAUUUUAUUGGCGGUACCGACUUCAGACGAGUCUCAUAACGCUUGUGGGGGUCGUAGAGCAAAAUGGAGAACACCAUCGUGUGAGUCUCAUCUUUCCAUAUAUUAGUUUGUAGUCCAAACAGACAUUUUUGUGAAAAGACAGAUUUUUGGGAUGUCUCCUGGUCUGACAAAUACUGCUGUAGCUCUGCCAACUUCCAUCGCAGAUGUGGAAGGCCGACAUCGGUGGAUGUGGUGGAUUGAGAUGCAGCCCAUGCAAAACUGAUAUCUCUAGCUUAAACAGAUGGAUUUUGAUGGGGAUUUGUGUAUUAUGUUAAUUCGAUUUACACACGGACGCAGGCAUUGACUCAAGUUUUUUUUUAAGUACUUCAUAUUUUUCAAUUUGAACUGCAGCAGUUUUUGAGGAGUUUAAUUUGUAUUUUAUUGAUCGGAAUAAGCCUUGGGGCCACCUUGCCUUUUUUAACACCUGUAAAAAUUGUUAUACGACAAUAUCGAUUUUGAUGUUAGAGUGCUUAUUUGCUUGACACUGGACUUCCUUCACAUUGUUAUAAAGCACAUAGCUGUUAAAAGAUAGAUGGGAGGUGUUGAAUGGAAUUGAAGGAUGGGACUAAUAACAACUAACAACAAACAAUAACAAGAUAACUAAUAAUGUAGGCACGCUGUGUCCAUAAUAAGUGUAUGGGUUGUAGGUUGAGAGCUUUUGUGAAAGAGCACAGUUAGAAAGAUAUGGCAUAUAAGCAAACCGGAUGGACAUCAUGAAAAUGAUCGGAGAGGUUGAGAGUAGAAGAAGUUCAGGAGAAAGAACAAACAAAAUGUAAUUAUUGUAAAAUUGACUGUGUCCAUAAAAUGUAGAUAGUGGGUAUGGGUUGGAAGUAGAGGCCUAGGCGUUGUUGUUCACUAGUUUAGUCCAAGUGGGGAAAGGGUGGCGGGGUUGGAAAGUAAUAAAGGGGAAUAUAUUAUAUAUUUUUUAAAGGAUAUGUAUGUGUAUGUAUGUAUGUGGGUGUGUAUGUGUGUGUGUGUAUGUGUGUAUAUGUAUAUCUAUAUGUGUAUGUAUGUGUAUGUGUAUGUAUGUGGUCCUCUGUAGCUCAGCUGGUAGAGCACGGCGCUAGUAACGCCAAGGUAGUGGGUUCGAUCCCCGGGACCACCCAUACACACAAAAAAAAUAUGUAUGCACGCAUGACUGUAAGUCGCUUUGGAUAAAAGCGUCUGCUAAAUGGCAUAUUAUUAUAUUAUAUAUAUAUAUAUAUAUAUAUAUAUAUAUAUAUAUAUAUAUAUAUAUAAACAUGGGGGAUUGGAAGUGAUGCAGACAAUUACAUUGAUGGAAGUUACAAUCUAUCUGCAAUAUUAAGCUGAUCUACCCCCCAAAAAACACACAAAAAUAAAUAAAUAAAUAAAUAAAUAAAGCACAUACAGUGAGGGGGAAAAAGUAUUUGAUCCCCUGCUGAUUUUGUACCUUUGCCCACUGACAAAGACAUGAUCCGUCUAUAAUUUUAAUGGUAUGUUUAUUUGAACAGUGAGAGACAGAAUAACAACUAAAAAAUCCUAAAAAAUGCAUGUCAAAAAUGUUAAAAAUUGAUUAGCAUUUUAAUGAGGGAAAUACGUAUUUGACCCCUCUGCAAAACAUGACUUAGUACUUGGUGGCAAAACCCUUGUUGGCAAUCACAGAGGUCAGACGUUUCUUGUAGUUGGCCACCAGGUUUGCACAGGUCUCAGGAGGGAUUUUGUUCCACUCCUCUUUGCAGAUCUUCUCCAAGUCAUUAAGGUUUCGAGGCUGACGUUUGGCAACUCAAACCUUCAGCUCCCUCCACAGAUUUUCUAUGGGAUUAAGGUCUGGAGACUGGCUAGGCGACUCCAGGACCUUAAUGUGCUUCUUCUUGAGCCACUCCUUUGUUGCCUUGGCCGUGUGUUUUGGGUCAUUGUCAUGCUGGAAUACCAUCCACGACCCAUUUUCAAUGCCCUGGCUGAGGGAAGGAGGUUCUCACCCAAGAUUUGACGGUACAUGGCCCCGUCCAUCAUCCCUUUGAUGCGGUGAAGUUGUCCUGUCCCUUUAGCAGAAAAACACCCCCAAAGCAUAAUGUUUCCACCUCCAUGUUUGAUGGUGGGGAUGGUGUUCUUGGGGUCAUAGGCAGCAUUCCUCCUCCUCCAAACACGGCGAGUUGAGUUGAUGCCAAAGAGCUAGAUUUUGGUCUCAUCUGACCACAACACUUUCACCCAGUUCUCCUCUGAAUCAUUCAAAUGUUCAUUGGCAAACUUCAGAUGGCCCUGUAUAUGUGCUUUCUUGAGCAGGGGGACCUUGCGGGCGCUGCAGGAUUUCAGUCCUUCACGGCGUAGUGUGUUACCAAUUGUUUUCUUGGUGACUAUGGUCCCAGCUGCCUUGAGAUCAUUGACAAGAUCCUCCUGUGUAGUUCUGGGCUGAUUCCUCACCGUUCUCAUGAUCAUUGUAACUCCACGAGGUGACAUCUUGCAUGGAGCCCCAGGCAGAGGGAGAUUGACAGCUAUUUUGUGUUUCUUCCAUUUGCGAAUAAUCGCACCAACUGUUGUCACCUUCUCACCAAGCUGCUUGGCGAUGGUCUUGUAGCCCAUUCUAGCCUUGUGUAGGUCUACAAUCUUGUCCCUGACAUCCUUGGUGAGCUCUUUGGUCUUGGUCAUGUUGGAGAGUUUGGAAUCUGAUUGAUUGAUUGCUUCUGUGGACAGGUGUCUUUUAUACAGGUAACAAACUGAGAUUAUGAGCACUCCCUUUAAGAGUGUGCUCCUAAUCUCAUCUCGUUACCUCUAUAAAAGACACCUGGGAGCCAGAAAUCUUUCUGAUUGAGAGGGGGUCAAAUACUUAUUUCCCUCAUUAAAAUGCAAAUCAAUUCAUAACAUUUUUGACAUGCGUUUUUCUGGAUUUUUUUUGUUGAUAUUCUGUCUCUCACUGUUUAAAUAAACCUACCAUUAAAAGUAUAGACUGAUCAUUUCUUUGUCAGUGGGCAAACGUACAAAAUCAGCAGGGGAUCAAAUAUUUUUUUCCCUCACUGUAGCUAAUUAAUAGUUUAAAGCUGGCCUUUCUUCAGCAGCGGCUGUUUGUUGUAUUGACCGUUCAACCUAGCAUACUGAUUGGUCCUCCUGUGCCCUGCAGGCUCCAAUCAGCCAGUGAUAGUGGUGGUGGGCGUGAUCCUCGGACUGAUCCUGUGUGUUAGUUGUCUGUUGGCUGGAGUCUGGUGGAAUAGAAGGUAUUGUAACACCAUAUGUAGGGUAGCAGUCCAACACCCCCUCACUGGCUAUCCUCCCAAUGCUUGAUAUUUUAAUUUAGGCCUAGAUUCAAUCAGAUCAAGUGUUAACCGGCGAUAGCUCACACCCACAUAGCUGUUGUUUUGGCGGUGUCGAAGGUGUAACUGCGUUAAAGCUGUCAAAACGGUGAGCGGCUGCUAGUGUGGUCAUUGUUACGAAGCCACACCCAUUAAAUUCAGAACAAGAAAGUUGUCCACCUCCGACACCGCUGUCCGGUGUCGGCUAGCGCGGAUCUCAGAUAAUCUAGCCCUUAGCUGCCAACAAACGCCCAGAUAACACAAAAGUGUCCAUAUACUUUACAAUGUUAUUCUGACACAAUAUGGCAAUGUUAUGAUAUAUAAUUAUGGUGUAGUUCGAUUAAUUACAUUUGUUGUCUUGUUGUCUUUUAAAGGAAAAAACCUGCACACAUGAAGAAGUAUUCCUUACCCAAAGGUAUUCUUGCACAUUGCUCACUGUUGUUUUACUCUUACUACUAUUCCAGGACCUCUCUGAGAGUGUUUUUGUCUCUGUCUGUCCAGUAGCCUCUCAGAGCUUCCAGGGGAAGAGCCCCCCCUGCUCCGACUCUGAGCUUAUCUCCUACCCUCUAGAGCGGGGUGUCCAUGACGCUUUACCCAACCCUCCUCUCAAUGGUAAGAAUGCACAAACAACCCAGCCUUUUCAACAGAGCAUGCCAGUGAGGCUGGGUAUAUAACCUCAAGCUUUUCUUCAUGAUAUGUAUUACUCUGACCUUUCCUCUAUCAGCUGCAUGCCUGACCCUGAAUUAGCUCUAGAAUUGUUCUCAUCUAUUUUUAUCUCUCUGGCAGACAAACACUCUCCCUUUAAAUGCCUUAGAGUAAAAAAUAGAACAAAUCAUUGGUUCUCUAUAGAACUUUCAGAUCUUGUUAUGAUGAUAAAUCAGGGGCCAAGGCUAGAAAAACGGACUGUAGCUGAUCGGUAGCUUUUCAAGGCAAUUGAGAAAUUGAUGCAAUUCCUCAAUCGAGAAAGCUAAAUCUAGGUACUUUCUAAGUUCUCAAAUCAAAUCAAAUCAAAUUGUAUUUGCCACAUGCGCCGAAUACAACAGGUGUAGACAUUACAGUGAAAUGCUUACUUACAAGCCCAUAACCAACAAUGCAGUUUAAGAAAAAAAUAGCAAAUAAUUAAAGAGCAGCAGUAAAAUAAAAUAACAGUAGGGAGGUUAUAUACAGGGGGUACCGGUACAGAGUCAAUGUGCGGGGGCACCGGUUAGUCGAGGUAAUUGAGGUAAUAUGUACAUGUGGGUAGAGUUAAAGUGACUAUGUAUAGAUAAUAAACAGAGUAGCAGCAGCGUAAAAGAGGGGGUUGGGUUGGGGUGGGGGGGCAAUGCAAAUAGUCCGGAUAGCCAUGAUUAGCUGUUCAGGAGUCUUAUGGUUUAGGGGUAGAAGCUGUUAAGAAUCCUUUUGGACCUAGACUUUGUGCUCCGGUACUGCUUGCCAUGCGGUAGCAGAAAGAACAGUCUAUGACUAGGGUGGCUGGAGUCUUUGAUAAUUUGUAGGGCCUUCCUCUGACACCGCCUGGUAUAGAGGUCCUGGAUGGCAGGAAGCUUGGCCCCAGUGAUGUACUGGGCCGUACGCACUACCCUCUGUAGUGCCUUGCGGUCGGAAGCCGAGCAGUUGCCAUACCAGGCGGUGAUGCAACCAGUCAGGAUGCUCUCAAUGGUGCAGCUGUAUAACUUUUUGAGGAUCUGAGGACCCAUGCCAAAUCGUUUCAGUCUCCUGAGGGGGAAUAGGCUUUGUCGUGCCCUCUUCACGACUGUCUUGGUGUGUUUGGAUCAUGAUAGUUUUUUGGUGAUGUGGACACCAAGGAACUUGAAGCUCUCAACCUGUUCCACUACAGCCACGUCGAUGAGAAUGGGGGCGUGCUCAGUCCUCUUCUUUUUCCCGUAGUCCACAAUCAUCUCCUUUGUCUUCAGCACGUUGAGGGAGAGGUUGUUAUUCUGGCACCACACGGCCAGGUCUCUGACCUCCUCCCUAUAGGCUGUCUCAUCAUUGUCGGUGAUCAGGCCUACCACUGUUGUGUCGUCAGCAAACUUAAUGAUGGUGUUGGAGUCGUGCCUGGCCAUGCAGUCAUGGUUGAACAGGGAGUACAGGAGGGGACUGAGCACGCACCCCUGAGGGGCCCCCUAGUUGAAGAUCAGCGUGGCAGAUGUGUUGUUACCUACCCUUACCACCUGGGGGCGGCCCGUCAGGAAGACCAGGAUCCAAUUGCAGAGGGAGGUGUUUAGUCCCAGGGUCCUUAGCUUAGUGAUGAGCUUUCAGGGCACUAUGGCGCUGAGCUGUAGUCAAUGAAUAGCAUUCUCAUAUAGGUGUUCCUCUUGUCCAGGUGGGAAAGGGCAGUGUGGAGUGCAAUAGAGAUUGCAUCAUCUGUGGAUCUGUUGGGUCGGUAUGCAAAUUGGAGUGGGUCUAGGGUUUCAGGGAUAAUGGUGUUGAUGUGAGCCAUGACCAGCCUUUCAAAGCACUUCAUGGCUACAGACGUGAGUGCUAAAGGUCGAUAGUCAUUUAGGCAGGUUAUCUUAGUGUUCUUAGGCACAGGGAAUAUGGUGGUCUACUUGAAACAUGUUGGUAUUACAGACUCAGUCAGGGACAUGUUGAAAAUGUUAGUGAAGACACUUGCCAGAUGGUCAGCGCAUGCUCGGAGUACACGUCCUGGUAAUCCGUCUGGAUCUGCUGCCUUGGGAAUGUUGACCUGUUUAAAGGUCUUACUCACAUCGGCUACAGAGAGCUUGAUCACAUAGUCAUCUGGAACAGCUGAUGCUCUCAUGCAUGCUUCAGUGUUGCUUACCUCAAAGCGAUCAUAGAAGUGAUUUAGCUCGUCUGGUGGGCUUGUGUCACUGGGCAUCUCGUGGCUGUGCUUCCCUUUGUAGUCUGUAAUAGUUUUCAAGCCCUGCCACACCGACGAGCGUCAGAGCCGGUAUAGUACAAUUCAAUCUUAGUCCUGUAUUGACUCUUUGCCUGUUUGAUGGCUCGUCAGAGGGCAUAGCGGGAUUUCUUAUAAGUGUCCGGGUUAGAGUCCCGCUCUUUGAAGGCGGCAGCUCUACCCUUUAGCUCAGUGCGGAUGUUGCCUGUGGGGACGUCGUCAUCGAUGCACUUAUUGAUGAAGCCAAUGACUGAUGUGGUGUACUCCUCAAUGCUAUCGGAAGAAUACCGGAACAUAUUCCAGUCUGUGCUAGCAAAACAGUCCUGUAGCUUAGCAUCUGUGUCAGAGUCACUUAUUAACCGAGUCACUGGUGCUUCCUGCUUUAGUUUUUGCUUAUAAGCAGGAAUCAAGAGGAUCGAGUUAUGGUCAGAUUUGCCAAAUGGAGGGCGAGGGAGAGCUUUGUACACGUCUCUGUGUGUGGAGUAAAGGUGGUCUAGAGUUUUUUUCCCUCUGGUUGCACAUUUAACAUGCCGGUAGAAAUGAGGUAGAACGGUUAAUGCACUGAAGCGUGGAAAUUCCUCUCCUUCCCUGCCUAAGCAAGUUGUGUCAGCAUUUUAUCUCAGCAGGCUUUUUAUUUGAACAAAAUGGUGGUUUAAUUGACCCUAGUCAGCCAGUUUACUGCCUGCCCCUCUCCCAGCCUCUAGUUGGCUCGAAGGAAGUACCGUCAACUUCUAGUGAAUCUUCAAUCAGCCUUUGUUGAACUGAAAUUGGAAAUUAAUUCUGGUAAAACCAAGUAUAUAUUAUUUUACAAAUCAUGUAAAAAAAAAAACUUAUGAUUUAUGCAUACGUCCUUUGGAUGGUGCCCUUGUUUAUGGUGUCCCCAUUUAUAAAUAUCUGGGUAUCUGGAUUGAUGAAAAGCUAUCUUUCAAAAAGGAUGUUGAUGAGUUAGUUAAGAAAUUAAGAAUUCAAAAUAGGCUUCUUCUAUAGGAGCAGGUCCUUUCGUUAGAUAGCAGAAAACAAAUAAUUCAGUCAACAUUCAUUCCGGUUAUUGACUAUGGCAGCUGCCACUGUAUUAAAGCCUUUGGACGCAUGUUAUUAUCAUAGCGCAUUGUGCUUUAAUACGGGCGAUAGGUUUCAGUACACAAAGUCUCAUAGAUCGAUGCAUUGCACUCUUUUAGUCUAUAAAGCCCUCUUUGUUAAACUUCCGCCAUACCUUACCCCAUUGUUAACCUUCAGACACAUAAAUUACCAGACCCAGACUCAGGGAUGGCCAACCCUGGAGAUCCCUUCAAUCUCCACCGAGUUAGGUAAAUCUGCUUUUAGUUUUUUUGCGUGUGGAAUGAUCUCCAAAAGUCCUUAAAGUCCUUAAAGUCGUUAAAUGUUAGAGGGCCUUUUUACUGACGAAUGUGUGUGUUGCAUAUGAUUGUGUUUUGCUUUUCGUGUUUUGUGUCUGCUUUUAAUGUAUUGUGUAAUUGAUGUGUAUAUACAGUUGAAGUCGGAAGUUUACAUACACUUAGGUUGGAGUCAUUAAAACUUAUUUUUCAAACACUCCACAGAUUUCUUGGUUAACAAACUAUAGUUUUGGCAAGUCGGUUAGGACAUCUACUUUGUGCUUGACACAUUUCAUUUUUCCAACAAUUGUUUACAGAGAUUAUUUCUCUUAUAAUUCACUGUAUCACAAUUCCAGUGGGUCAGAAGUUUACAUACACUAAGUUGACUGUGCCUUUAAACAGCUUGGAAAAUUCCAGAAAAUGAUGUCAUGGCUUUAGAAGCUUCUGAUAGGCUAAUUGACAUCAUUUGAGUCAAUUGGAGGUGUACCUGUGGAUGUAUUUCAAGGCCUGCCUUCAAACUUAGUGCCUCUUUGCUUGACAUCUUGGGAAAAUCAAAAGAAAUCAGCCAAGACCUCAGAAAAAAAAUGUUAGACCUCCACAAGUCUGGUUCAUCCUUGGGAGCAAUUUCCAAACGCCUGAAGGUACCACGUUCAUCUGUACAAACAAUAGUACGCAAGUAUAAACACCAUGGGACCACGCAGCCAUCAUACCGCUCAGGAAGGAGACGCAUUCUGUCUCCUAGAGAUGAACGUACUUUGGUGCGAAAAGUGCAAAUAAAUCCCAGAACAACAGCAAAGGACCUUGUGAAGAUACUGGAGGAAACAGGUACAAAAGUAUCUAUAUCCACAGUCAAACGAGUCCUAUAUCGACAUAACCUGAAAGGCCGCUCAGUAAGGAAGAAGCCACUGCUCCAAAACCGCCAUAAAAAAGCCACACUACGGUUUGCAACUGCACAUGAAGACAAAGACUGUACUUUUUGGAGAAAUGUCCUCUGGUCUGAUGAAACAAAAAUAGAACUGUUUGGACAUAAUGACCAUCGUUAUGUUUGGAGGAAAAAGGGGGACGCUUGCAAGCCGAAGAACACCAUCCCAACCGUGAAGCACGGGGGUGGCAGCAUCAUGCUGUGGGGUUGCUUUGCUGCAGGAGGGACUGGUGCACUUCACAAAAUAGAUGGCAUGAGGAAGGAAAAUUAUGUGGAUAUAUUGAAGCAACAUCUCAAGACAUCAGUCAGGAAGUUAAAGCUUGGUCGCAAAUGGGUCUUCCAAAUGGACAAUGACCCCAAGCAUACUUCCAAAGUUGUGGCAAAAUGGCUUAAGGACAACAAAGUCAAGGUAUUGGAGUGGCCAUCACAAAGCCCUGACCUCAAUCCUAUAGAAAAUGUGUGGGCAGAACUGAAAAAGUGUGUGCGAGCAAGGAGGCCUUCAAACCUGAAUCAGUUACACCAGCUCUGUCAGGAGGAAUGGGCCACAAUUCACCCAACUUAUUGUGGGAAGCUUGUGGAAGGCUAUCUGAAACGUUUGACCCAAGUUAAACAAUUUAAAGGCAAUACUACCAAAUAGUAAUUGAGUGUAUGUAAACUUCUGACCCACUGGGAAUGAGAUGAAAUAAAUAAAAGCUUAAAUAAAUCAUUCUCUCUACUAUUAUUCUGACAUUUCACAUUCUUAAAAUAAAGUGGUGAUCCUAACUGACCUAAGAAAGGGAAUUUUUACUAGGAUUAAAUGUCAGGAAUUGUGAGUGCCAAAUGUAUUUGGCUAAGGUGUAUGUAAACUUCCGACUUCAACUGUAGAUAUGUAUAGUGUAAUUGUUGUUUAUUGAUGUGUUCAUUCAGGGCUCAUCUGCGAAAGACAGUAGUCUCACUAUGACUCCCUGCUUAAAUAAAGGUUAAAUAAAAUAGAAAAUAGAAAGGAGACAUGCAGUUGUCAGAUGUUAUCUUUUGCUAUUUGCCAGAUGAUGUAUUCACUGUAGACCAGGAGCCAGAGAGAUAGGAGUUCCUUCUUCAUAAUCCUGAAAUGAGAGAACCAUGUCAAGCCUAGCCUAGUCCCAUGUCUGUUUGUGCAGUAAGCCAACUCCUACGCUAUACAGCACAAACAGAUCCGGUACCAGGCUAUCCUGCCCGGGCAACAGGAUAACACAUACACAUCUCCCCCCGCUUACAAUUGCUAGGCCAAUGAAUAUUCACGUGGACUCAUCUCAUUGCUGUUCUGGACUGUUUCAAUAUUACUCAACAUGUCAAUUUUCCCACUCACAUCAAGGGACACAUAUUUGAUCUCGUCUGCUCUGUUGGCCUCAACCUAACUCAUAUUUCCCCUUCACAGUUCCCACUGUUUGACCACAAGAUCCUUAAUUUCUCUCUUCCCUCAUACACACCCCACAACACUGACAAAAGCCUCAUCUCCUUCUGCAACAUCAAAACUGUUAACCCCCUCCAACUCUCUGAUGCCAUCUGUUCUGCCCUGCCCCUUGACCACGCCCCUAACUCACCUGAUGAACUAGCUGCCUAAUUCAACACUGCUCUAUCCGCCUCCCUCAACUCUCUGGCCCCUCCUUCCCCUCCUCGCCCCCUGGGUUUACCCCUAAACUCCGCGCCCUGAAGCAAACUGGCCGCCUGGAGUGCCUGAGCAGGAAGUCUGGGCUCACUGUCCACACUAAAGCCUACAAACUCCCCCUCUCCACCUCCAGAGAUGCCCUCAGUGCUGCCAGGUCCGCCUACUUCUCCAACAUCAUCAACAGCUCCAAUAAGAACUCCCGGACUCUGUUCUCCACUGUCAGCAAACUACUUCAGCCCCGUGACGACACCUUCUCUACUCCCUCCACUGAACUCUGCAACUCCUUCCUU